GCUUUGUUGCUUGUCACUUGUCAUUGUUGAGCACAAGGGGUCAAUACAGGCGAAAUUGCCGACUUCACCACCGCUCUUACAAUGCGCAAUGAGCAAUCCAAACUUGACGCAGAUGACGUCGUGUUGUUGCAUCUCCCUUGGCCCAUGCAUGCGAUUGGGUUGCCACACGCCGGGGUCAUGCACGCAAUUUACAGUACACAGACACAGAAAGAGCAGCAAUGCCUUGGUACUACGGAGCACUUGACGCACAAGAAGAAACAAAGAAAAAGAGAAUAAGAGGAGAGAAGAGAAGUCAGACAGGCUGGUAUGUAUUACGCGCAUAAGCAUCAUCCGGUCUCAUCGCACGUCCCUCAAGUCUGCCUUUACGGGACACCAAAGUGUGAGAAGGAAAGAGGGACAGGAAUAUAUACGACAUGGAAACAAAAAAAAAAUCAACAGCUCUGUCUGCAGCUCUGUCGCAUCGACUUCGCCGGGCGAACGGCGCGCUCCCCCGAAUCUGGCCACAAUCGCCGGCUGGAACCGGCAGAGCGGAGCCCCGAUAUGGGACCCUCCCGCAGAUGUCUGAUGCUCCCUUGUCACCCCAGCUUCCCCUCACGGAGUCCUAGAUUCGGGGCGCCGAGGGGCUCUGCUCUCUGUUUCUGUUUCUGGUAGCUGGGACUAUGGCUCUGGACCCCGCGCUUUGCCAGAGGGCCGCUGGUUAUGCGGCCUAG